AUGGAUAAUCUGACAUUUCUAAUAUCGUUGAUUAGUGGUGGUUGUGCUGGUACCUCUACUGAUUUGGCAUUUUUCCCCAUUGAUACCGUUAAAACUAGAUUACAGGCUAAAGGUGGAUUCUUCGCUAACGGUGGAUGGAGUGGAAUUUACAAAGGUUUGGGAUCAUGUGUGGUUGCAUCAGCUCCAUCGGCAUCAUUAUUUUUCAUCACUUACGACUCAAUGAAAGUUUAUACUAAAGAUUGGUUCAGUCUGCCUGCUUUCAGUCAUAUGUUUCUGGCCCUGUGUGGUGAAAUAGCUGCAUGUCUUGUAAGAGUCCCGGCAGAGGUAAUCAAACAACGUACCCAAGCUGGUCAUAUAGGUGUUGGAAAUAAAGCUUCUUCUUGGGCUAAUUUCUUAUACUUAUUGAAAAACUCAAGUGGUGAAGGUACCAUCCGAGGAUUGUAUCGUGGUUGGAAUACCACCAUCAUGAGAGAAAUCCCCUUCACCAUCAUUCAAUUCCCUCUCUAUGAAUGGUUGAAGAAAAAAUGGUCAAGCCUUGAAAACGGCGAACAAUUAUCCUUAUUAAAAGGGGCCAUCUGCGGUUCUAUUGCCGGGGGUGUUGCUGCAGCCCUGACUACCCCUUUGGACGUGAUCAAAACAAGAAUCAUGUUGAAUAAAGACCGUAUUGGCAUCUUACCUCUAGUUAAAACCAUGAUCAAAGACGAAGGCUACAAAGUCUUCUUGAACGGUAUCGGCCCAAGAACCUGCUGGAUCAGUGCCGGUGGUUCCAUCUUCUUAGGAUGCUAUGAGCUAGUCCAUACCACUCUAAGCCGUAACAUGGCCUUCUCCCCAUGAUUUUGCAUCUUUUAUAUAGAAUCUUAUUAAUCGAACAUCAAAUCUUAUUAAUCAAUGAGUCC